GAGUUUGCAUUGUCGAGUCUUAAAGCUGGUGCUAAGGACAUCCUUGUGGCCACUGAUGUAGCCGGUCGUGGUAUUGACAUCAAGUAAGUUGCAUGAUAAACAGUUUGAUUUCUUUGUUCUCUUGUUUUUGUUGUCUCCAGGCCUGAAGAUGAUUUUCUUAAACUCAUUUUCAAACCCAACCUGGAGACCGGUUAAUCGGAGAGAACCCUGGGAACGUGGUUGAUUGUCAAAGUAAUGAAGUUUUUUUUUUUUUUAACUAAAUGUGUGUCUUAUAGCGCAAGUAAAAUCUCUCAAAGUUGAUUUUUUCAUUUCAUUUCUCUUCCAGGGAUGUUUCACUUGUCCUUAACUAUGACAUGGCCAAGUCAAUCGAAGGUAAGUGAUGAGUUUAACGUUGAAACCUUAAGCUUAAAGUAAAAGUAAUUCAUCGAGACGAACGGUGUUGAUAAUCGUAUCUUACGAUAUACAAACUUUAUUAAGUACGGAGUUAACCAGUAUGUAAUGCGUUUAAUUUUGUCUCAUUUCUUCAUCCAUGGAUUGUACACUUUCGGUUUUAUUUAUUAUAUUAUUGUAAUUCUUUGACAAUUUUAAACGGUUAUUUUGAUGUUUCAGUCAAAUUAUGUCUAUUCUGUGAGUGCUGGAAUAGACCUUAUUCACGAUACGCGCCAUCUCACGAGCGAAAGGAUUUAUGGGAUAAAGGAAAUAUCGUGUGGUUUCUAAGGAGCCAAAAAACUUAUUAAAAGCUGUCAAUAAAAGAAAUCGCAGCCGAGUUCGUUUAUUCCCUCAGAUGAGAAACCACGUGACAUCCCAUCCCAUCAACCUUGCGCGCUUCUAAAGGUGGCGGGUAUUAUGAAGAAGGUCUAUUGCCUAAAUUUACGGAAGCCACCACAUGGCCAGUGCCCUAUGGCUGCUAAAAUGUCAUUGUUUUCGUUUUUUAUCAGGCUACACUCAUCGUAUUGGUAGAACCGGUCGAGCAGGAAAAACCGGUGUUGCCAUCACGUUUUUGACCCAGGAGGACUCAGCAGUGUUUUAUGACCUCAAGCAGACAUUAUUAGCGAGUCCCGUAAGUACAAUGCUUUCAAUUUUACAGAGCGUCAAAAAACCCAUUUUUCCACUCACUGAAAGUUGAUUCGACUAUAACUAACUGAUUUAUGUUCUUGCAAAUCUUGUAUAUUGUUUAUUAAUUUUAUUGUUCAUAUCUGAGACUGAAUUGGGUUAAAAUGUUUAUUCUUGUUUGCCCAAAAUUUAACAUUUAAUUUAAAAUAUUUGGUUAAAAGGGUUAUAGUGUCUUAGGCGAAAAUUGAGUGUUACAGGGCCAAUGUAGUGCUCUAAAUCUUUAACCAGGCGCUCGUUACGUAUCAGACUAAUUUUCGUAUUUACUAUUAAUUUAUGUAUAAGCGAAUGGAUUCUUAGUCGUGCUAUGGCGAAUAACAAGCAAAAAACACUAACAUGAACAGUUGUCAGCGGUUAUGACAUGGGGGAGGGGUACAUUGUCUUUAGUAAAUGGCUUAUUUCUGUGUCGUUUAUAGGUGAGCCACUGUCCUCCGGAGCUUGAUAAACAUCCUGAUGCACAGCACAAACCCGGCACA